GCAGUCCCGGCUGGACUGUUGGUUCGGUCUUCUCCCUUGGGUUGUAGCUUCGUUCGUUCUUGGGAUCAAAAGAAGACGUAUUCUUGAGUUAAACAACCAGCUGUCUGUCUGUUUGUGCCCUUUUUCUUUCUUUUCUCCGGAUAAUCAAAGCUACACUCAGACAAUGUCUCUUGAAGAAGUUGCUCCAGCACACCAGACCUUCGACACCAUCUUGGUGUUGGACUUCGGUUCCCAAUACUCCCAUUUGAUCAUCAGAAGGUUGAGAGAGUUCAACGUGUACGCUGAGAUGUUGCCAUGCACUCAAAAGAUUGGUGAAUUACCUUUCAAGCCUGUUGGUGUGAUUCUCUCCGGUGGUCCAUACUCCGUUUUUGAAGACGGCGCUCCACACGUCGACCCUGCCGUUUUCGACCUGAAUGUUCCAAUCCUUGGUAUCUGUUACGGUAUGCAAGAGUUGGCUUGGAUCAACGGUAAGGGUGUCGGCAGAGGUGAAAAGAGGGAAUACGGCCCUGCAGUCAUCAACGUUGUUGACGACUCCUGUCCUUUGUUCAAAGGUGUCGACAACUCCCAAGUCUGGAUGUCCCACAACGACAAGUUGACUGCCUUGCCAACCGGCUAUAAGACCGUUGCUGACACGAGCAACUCUCCAUAUGCCGGUAUCGCCAACAUUGAAAAGCCAAUCUUCGGAUUGCAAUUUCACCCAGAGGUGACUCAUUCCCUGCACGGUAAAGUUUUGUUGAAGAACUUUGCGGUCGAAAUCUGCCAUGCUAAGCAGAACUGGACCAUGAAGAACUUCAUCGACACCGAAAUCACAAGAAUCAGAACAUUGGUUGGUCCAACUGCCGAGGUCAUUGGUGCUGUUUCCGGUGGUGUCGACUCUACCGUCGGUGCCAAGUUGAUGAAGGAAGCUAUUGGCGACAGAUUCCACGCGAUUUUUGUGGACAAUGGUUUGAUGCGUAAAAACGAAGCAGUUACUGUCAAGAAAACUUUAGAUGACGGUUUAGGUAUCAAUCUGACUGUUGUCGAUGCAGCAGAGGAAUUUUUGUCCAAGUUGAAGGGAAUUACUGACCCUGAGAAGAAGAGAAAGAUUAUUGGUAACACCUUCAUCCACGUUUUCGAAAGAGUUGGUGCCGAGAUUAAGCCAAAGGACGGUUCUGAAAUUGAAUACUUGUUGCAAGGUACCUUGUAUCCAGACGUCAUUGAAUCCAUCUCCUUCAAGGGUCCUUCCCAAACCAUCAAAACCCACCACAAUGUUGGCGGCUUGUUAGAGGACAUGAAGCUCAAGUUGAUCGAACCUUUGAGAGAAUUAUUCAAGGACGAGGUCAGAAACUUAGGUAAGAUCUUGGGCAUCCCAGACGAAUUGGUCUGGAGACACCCUUUCCCAGGCCCAGGUAUUGGUAUCAGAGUCUUAGGUGAAGUUACUCCUGCACAGGUUAAGAUUGCUAGAGAAGCCGACUACAUUUUUAUCGAAGAAAUUAGAGCUCACGGUUUGUACAACAACAUCUCUCAAGCAUUUGCUGCUCUUUUGCCUGUCAAGUCCGUCGGUGUUGUCGGUGAUCAAAGAACUUACGAACAAGUUAUUGCUUUGAGAGCCAUUGAGACCACCGAUUUCAUGACUGCGGACUGGUAUGUCUUUGAAGCUGCCUUCUUAAAGAAGGUUUCUUCCAGAAUUGUUAACGAAGUUGAUGGUGUUGCCAGAGUUACAUAUGAUAUCACUUCCAAGCCUCCAGCUACCGUUGAAUGGGAGUAGAUUAGUAGCUAUACAUACUUUUAUAUAUGUACAUAUAGAGGGCUUUACCAGUUUUGUAACUUUUGGUUACCAAUAUUUUCUAGACAUAAAAUU